AUUUGUUCUUGCUGACCAUCUUUUUGUGAAAAUUCGCACAUGCAUGACCAAAAUGAUUGUUUAUCUGCGUGGAUUAAUAAUCCCCACUUCAAAAAAUUAACUCUAUAUUCAGAAAUAUUUGUCAAGAGAGAUUCAGAACAUCCAGUGCUGUUUGUGUUUUGAGCACCGUGUUUAUUUCAAAGCGGAACCUUUAGAUUCAGGGUUCAUUUUCCGGGGAACCUCAAAGCCGAUCAUGGCGACUCUCGGCGGCAGUCGUGGGGAUCGUCUCGGCAACUCAAAUCAUCAGAAGUCCACUAUGGUAUCUCCGGAGAAAGUUCGUGAACUUCUUAAUGAAGGCGUGUCACCAACAGCUGUCGGAUCAAACAGGUACGUGUUUUUUUAACCAUCGCACGCGGUUUGAUUGAAGGGGGCGCGCGAGAAGUUGACAUUAGCUAAGUGUGGUUAGCCACUUAGCCUGCUACCUGAGCCCAUGCUUUAGUUACCUCUACCCAGCUUAUUUUAGGUACAGGCUGAUCUGAGAGCUCGUAUAAGAGUGUUAUAUCCUUGUUCUUGACUGCACUCGAGAUUCAGCAUAUGCACCGGCAUGUUUGUUGUGGUAGCUCGUGGCGCUAUCACGGCCGUGCGCGCAGAAAGAUAAAGGGGGUGGGGACCGAAACUUUUAAUGCAGCAUGACCAUAGACUAUAUGAGCAUCACCCUUCAUCAGUGUGAGAGUACUUUCCGCAGUAAUGUUGUUGUCCAUCCACCAAUACCCAACUAAUUCAAAAGAAUGACAUUUUCUACCAGCAUAUUUUGCGCGUAAAGCAAGAAAAGUGGAGCUAUCUCGUUCCUCUGUUACGCAAACUCCAUUCAGGUGACUUGUUGGAUAACCACGACUUAUCUGUGGCUGUUUACUAUCUACACGUUUAACACUGUCAAAGAUAUGGACUGUGAAAUUUAAACUGCAAUUAAAGUUACAAAUCUAUAAAGCAUCAAUUCAAAAAUGUAUGGAAGCAAAUUUGUAUCAUAAUUCAAAUGAAAGUAGAUUAACAGAAAUGUAUUUGCAUUUUCAGAAUGUACCUGCACUUCUUGAUAGGGACGGGACUUUAUACGAUUUUAUAGAUAUCGAUGCCAUUAUCGAUUCUUCUUAUUGAUUCAAUUCUUCAGCAAUUCCCCUACCAAUGUCUUUCUUUGUUUUAAAAAAAAAAGUAGACUGUAGGUUUUCACUGUUAACUCAACUUUUGAUUGAGUCUCUGAUACGAGAGAAAGAUGUAUGCCACCUUCAGUGAGAGUCUAAAACUAAUCAAACAGCAAACUAAUUGUACAGCAUUUACUUCGGUUGGUAUUAAGUCAAAUACAUAGUACUACUCGACAAACGUUGAACGUCACACUGUUGUCGUCUUUCUUAGUAAAUUGAAGCCUUUAGAUUGUUUUUGCCUACUUUUUGUACCAUACGCCAUGUUUUUUUCCUCAAAGUCUCUGUUCUCGUUCAUGCAGAACUGGCUCUCGUGAGACCAUUUUUCAAGUCACCAGGAAGAAAAGAAUUGUUAAGGGAAUCAUGAAGAUAAAAGUUUUUCAAAACUGAUCAUUCUGUAACUUAAUCCAAAUGUAAAAGAAAAAGCCAUUCGAGAUUUAAUUUGCGAAAUAUUCCCCAAGCAAAUAUGUUCCAAAACUCAAUUUGAAAUGUCAAAUCUGAAAAUUCAAAUGCAUUUGCACUAUGGCUUUUUCGUUCCAAGGUCACAACUGCAUAAUUUGACUCAGAAAUAAAAUUAAGAAUAAGUAAUACAAACUACAUUUUUAUUUUCUUAUUUGAGCUGCACAUUUCGUAACUCAAUUCAAAAGAGAAACCAAACGGGCAAUUGCUUUUUCAUUUUCAUGUCCGCCUUUCACUAUCCGAACUGCGCAAGUGCAAAUUUACUUCACCUUAAAAACUUUAUCUAUACUAUGUGAAAGGUGAGCUAACUCCAGAGCUAAUGCCGAGGCAUUUGCCAGAGCUCCUGCCCAGCACAGGUUUGUUUGUACUAAGGAUGAUGUGUGUAAAAUGUAAAAGUUUGUCCUCUCUUUUUUGUGUUACAGUAAACAAGGGAAUGCAAAUGUAGUGGAUGGUAAAAACAACUCUCAAGCAACUCCCCUGUGUGAGGGGACAAACAAGCAAGCUUUUUUCUCAAGAGUGGAAUCCUAUUCAAUAUCCUUUUAUUCAUUGUGACCUCUGACUUUAGAUGUAUGAUAUGCUGAAGGGAGAUUACACAUUAUGAACGCCUAAUGCAAUCCAACACCUCAGCUCGACUACAAAUGCUUUCCUCAGGAAUAAUUUGAAGUUUUUGUUGACAUGACCUAUUGAAUUUACAGUACAUGUAUUUUUAAGGUGAAGUGGAUGGAUUAGAGUGUGUUGUUACUAAUAUUUUGUCCCGUUAUUAACAAACACAAGGGUAGCAAAAUAUCAGGAACACCUGAUGCACUCCUGUAUACCACCAACACCCCCUACAACUUCAGCAGUUAGUUAAAAGAACAACUGCCAAGGUGUUCGUAAUGUUACGACCAGUCAGUGUAUGUGAUGAUUCAUAUAUACAGUACUUAUUUCAGUUAUUUUAAAGAUGCAUGUGGGAUAUGUAUAAAUCUACUUUCAUUCAUAUUUAUAAUGAUGUAAGUGACAAGACUUUUCCAGUGUGUGGGUGAUAUUUUCCUUAGUUUUUCACUGUUUGAAAUGGGCAGGCAAACCUCGUACUCUCUCCCCCUUGGUUUGCGCCAGGUAUGGCUGGAUUAAUGUCGGCUGUGAUAUGCUUAAGUGCUCCAGCUGCCAGGCUUUCCUUUGUGCAUCACUACAACCAACUCUGGACUUUGAAAAAUGUGAGUAAAAACCUGGAGCAGCAGAAGACAAUGUCAAGGCUAGUGUGCACUUUUCUCUGGCGGUGUAACGCUGAUGUUGUAACUCUGCCAAAAAUGAAAGGUCAAGCAACUCUCCUUCUUUCUCUUAUAAGAUGAAUCCCGCAUUGCAGAGAUAUUGGGGCAGCUUCAGACACAGCAUGAGAAAUUUUGCCCAUGGCCUGACUUUCCAUGUCCAGGUAGGAGCAAACAUUUUGUCGUGAACAGUGCUACACAAAGUGAGCAAUGGUGACCCCUAAUAAAAUCAUGUUGUUUUAGCUGAACUGACCCCGACCUAUCAGAAUAAUGUUCAAGGUAAAUGUUGAUGUCCUUUCAGAGCGAUUCUGGCUGGUUCCAGACUGUGAACCACCGGCACUUCUCACUGCCUUCUUGGAGCGUUUCCAGAGCGCCUGUCUGCUUGCACAGCAGCUGCCAGCCAUGAAGCCGGAGCAGCUGAAGUCUAUGGUGAGGCAGAGGAAGCAUCUUUUUGUGUGUAACUCAUUGAAUCUCAAUUCAACUUUAGUUACAUUGCACCUUUCAUGCAAUCAUUAUGGGCCAUCAAAAUACAGUUAAGGCUAGGAAGAGCACUUCUAGAAAAUUAUCUCCUCAAAUCAAAUCAGUUGAAGAAAAAGCGUGCUCCUCAAGACUUUCACUUGUUUAUAGGUUUUUAACAUCCGCGCUUCCUUUGCAGGCACUGACCGAGGACGUUGUGAGUGUUAUACUGCAGCUGAUUGAAGAAGAACAAAAAAGAAAGGGACUAACUCUGUGCACUGAACCACUGGCUGUUCAGGUGGCUGCAUGCAUUGUUUCUUUAUGUGGCUGGGCUGCAAGGUGAGAUGAAACUCCUUCAUUGUUGGUUUAUGCCCUUGGUAUGUCCUUGAAUGUUUAAAUGUCACUGUUUCAACCAGAGUGGGAUCACAUAAAUCCUCAGUGGUGUGCUAGUUUCAAGAAGAAAAAUAUAUGAGAGAUAAUGUUGAAAUGGAAAAUGUGGCACAAUUUGUCAGCCUAGCAUUUAAGCCACAGAUUUUUGUUUUUCUAGCCCAUCUCUGAAGGCCAUGAACCUGCCUAUCCUCACCUGCUCGUACUGUAUGCGCAAGGUGGGUUUGUGGAACUUUUACCAGAUGGAGGGAUUGGGGGCAGGAGGAGAUGACAAUGGAGCAAACAACACUGGAGGUCCCUCUGCUCAAACAGCAGUCGCUGCCUCAGCAGCUACACACGAAGGUGCGGCAGAGCAGCCUACGUCCGCCUCAUCCACCCCUGUUACAACUCCAUGUCGCAUGAAGCUGAGGAGCCAGGACACAACCCGCUCUGACCAGGCAAGCUUUGAGCUCAAGUUUGAGCAGGCUCGGUUUACUCUGUGUAAAACUUACAAAUCAAAUCUAUGAAGAGCCAGAUUGCAUUUUAACCAUGUUUCGGUCUCCAUAUUGCAGGGUGAGGGAACAUCCUCCCCAGUAGGUUUGCGUGCCCGAAGCAGGGACUCACCAAGUCCCAGUGAAGAAAUUCCGAGUCCACUGACGAGGGGUAAAAGACCCGCAACGCGCAAUAAAGGACAAGGCGACAGCGCUGGGGCUGAGGGUGUUCCCAGUCUGCAGAAUCCUCCUAAACGGUUGUGCCUCUCAUCAGUUGGUGCUCCUGUAAGUACUGACAUUACUAUUGAUUUCACACCUUGUGUUUGCAGUUUUAUUAUUUAUGAAAUAGAAGGUCAUAUCCUGACCUAUGAUGCAGCGCUACUCAUGCAGUGUUUUAAAAGCAAUAUCAAAGUUAUUAAUAAAUGCACUUAAGAUAAGGCUGCACAUUAUCUCAUGUUAGACUCAGAGUUUAAAUUUUAUCAAUCUGUGUAUUUUUUGUUUGAUAGAUUUGGGCACAUCUGUGUUAGUAGAGACAGCAGUUUCUCUAGAAUUGGCCUCUCGUUUCUGUUAAAGAGGCCUUGACCAAUGACAGAGAUUAGUUGUAAAAAGGUAGUGUUAGUAGUGGUGAUUGCAAGGUUAACAUAAUUACACAAUAACAGGGAUUCGAAGCAAUAGUCACAUCACAGAAGGCUCAUAAUGUACAUUUAUGCAGACACUUUAGAUAUCAUCCUAAAGUAUAAACACACCUCACCACCACAGAUAUUUCUCAAUGAAUGAGUGAAAAUUAUUCUUGUUAUCAAACAUAAACAAUUCUUUAUUUAUCCAUCAAUAAAUCUGACUGAAUAAUAACCGAACUCUGUUACUGCUUUAGUUUAAAACAAGUUUAUGGAUUAUUUAUUUUCAAUAGACAUUUUACAAACCGCUUUCUUGGUAUUUCUCUGAUGAUUCAGGACGGGCUCUUGCACAAGAAUGCUUUUGACCCCCUCGCACAGCACAGAGACUGGUGUCCCUGGGUCUCUGUGGGAAAAGAGAAUGUGGAUCUGGGGACUAUGCCGUUUUUGGAUGGGGGGCUUUAUCAGCAGGGCUGGAAGGCCGCUCUUGACCUCCUCGUGCCCAUGAAGAAGAACUCUAAUCUAACUGGAGAGAGUCUGGCGCAGGUGAGUCAGGCAAUUCAAAUCAGAAUAGAACACAGUCUGUGCUAACUCCUGAUAUCAUAUUGUUGAUACUAUAGUUUUGUGGCACUAGUUUAAACAACAUCUAACAAUUCUCUGCGCUUGUUUUCCUCCCAGGGUCCUCGUGACAAGUCCAAAAGGGUGUUUGCUAUAUUCCGUCAGUGGCAGGUAUCUUCCUCUCCAUCUCAGUAGACUGUUUUCCAUCCAGACAGAGUUGCAACACCGAAGUGAUGAACUGACCUGCACUCCUCUUGGGGUACAAAGUCCAUACCACCAGUGACAGGAGUAUCAUAUCAUUGCAUACCAUCCCACAAAGUCGUGCUCACAGUCAGGGUUUCUGGUGGGAAAGCGAGCCGACUGUGUCUUUUGUGUCUUUUCUGUUAAAAGUGAAGUAUGUGAAGAUCGCCUCUGUGGCUUUAUCACAUUAAAACUGGGAUGUGCAGACACUGGAGGUCUGAAUAGGCCUUAUCUCAUGUGGAUACAGAAGUAGUCUAUCAUAGUACACAACUUGGCAUUAAAAUUGGCUACAAAACAGCAUCUGCUGUUUACCUCACAUGAAGUCUGCUACAGAAGCCCUUUAUGGCAUGAUGGUUUGGAUUUCUGUGGACUGUAAGAAACAAGGAAUCUUGAUGUUGAGAAAGAACCAAAUGGCAUGACACUGGAAAAGGCACUGUUUACCUUCAAUGUAUGUCGAGUCAGAUGAGUAAACAUUAACCUCAGAUAAGCAGAAUAAAAGCUGUGAGGAAGUGAUGUUUGUGUGUGUACUGUUGUGGAUACAGGUUCUCUUUGACAAGAACUAAAUUCUUUUAGAGUACUGAAAUGUUUGUUUUUAUUUAGUCAGCGCUAAAACCCUGCCUCUUGCAGGCAGAUAGAAUCAUGUGCCAUAAACUUCAGACCUGUUUGAAUUAGAUUAAGAAUGCCUGUACUUCUUCUUUUUUUUUUUUUUUUGCCUUUCUGUGACAUUUCAUUGCUAAUGCAGUCUUCUCUAUCUUGCAUGUGAUGAUAUCAGUAGAAUUUCCUAUAAGGG